AUGGCGCCUUAUUGGGUGAAAAAGAGAUUGGAAGAAGAUUGUGCCGGGCCGGCGCCCACUGAUCCUCUUCUUUUAUUAUCCGCAACCAAGAUAAUUCAAAAACUGAAAAAUCGAGAGAUCACGUCGAGUCAAUUAAUCGAAUCAUAUAUUCAACGAAUUGAACAGGUGAACCCUAUUAUCAAUGCGGUCGUUGUCAAAGUGUUUGAUGAUGCGAGGAAACAGGCAAAAGAGGUUGACGAAUUCAUCGCCGAGAGUUCUGAUGAGCAAAUCGCCCAAAAAUUUGAGGCCCAACCAUUAUAUGGUGUUCCUUUCACUAUAAAGGAUUCAAUGGAAGUCACUGGACAUGUAGUGACGAGUGGAUCAUUCUGCAGGAAGGAUGUCAAAUGCGAUAGGACCGCUGAAGCUGUUCAACGGGUUCAAAACGCUGGCGGAAUCCUAUUGGCGAUCACAAAUGUUCCCGAGCUAUGCAUGUGGUACGAAUCGAACAAUACCGUGUAUGGUCGUUCCAAAAAUCCCUACGAUACGCGCCGAAUGACUGGAGGAUCGAGUGGCGGUGAAGGGGCGCUCAUCGGAGCCGCCGGUAGUGUUGUGGGCAUCGGCAGCGACAUUGGCGGUAGUAUUCGCAUUCCGUCGUUGAUGAACGGAAUAUUCGGAUUGAAGCCGACACCUGGAAUUGUUCCCCUUGAAGGUCAUAUUCCAUAUGUGACGAGAUACAAAUCGGAAAUGGGAAGAAUUGGACCAAUGUGUAGAUAUGCUGAGGAUUUGGAGCUUAUGAUGAAGGUUUUGGCUGCUGAAUCGGCUGAGAAAUUGAAUUUUAAAGAGCCAGUGAUUCGGAAUCAAAUUAGAAUCUACUAUAUGGAGGAGAUUCAAAACGUGCAUUUGAUGCAGUCAGUCAGCUACGAGAUGCGUCACGCAAUCAAAAAAUCUGUAGCGGCUCUUGAGCGCAAAUAUGACGUCAUCGCAACAAAAAUUGAUCUACCAUUGACAAGACAUAUCAUGGAUUUUCUGGCGGUUUCCAUGCAUCAAGAUUCGACGGACCCUCCGCUCACGAAAAUGAUGCUUUGCGUUAAUGGAACAAAAGGGCAUGUUAACUGCUAUACGGAGCUGAUCAAGGAGGAGGCGAUCAGAAAACGGGAUCGCCUGGUUCGUCAAGUUCGAGAGCUUCUUGGCGACAACGGAGUUCUUGUGUGCCCUGCCUGGCCAAGCACUGCAAUGUUCCACAAUGAGCCAAUCUUGACAAUGUUCAAUUUGUGCUAUUCUGCCCUCUGGAAUUGUGUGGCUGUUCCAGUGAUUCAAUGCCCAACCGGAUUUGAUUCAAACGGACUCCCGAUUGGUGUGCAAGUUGUUGGAAACCGAUACUCCGAACGCAAUUUGAUUGCGAUUGCAGAAGACCUCGAAGAGGAAUUUAAAGGGUGGACACCACCUAAUCCUUUAAGACAUCGAAGGCAAUUAAUCUAUCGGAAUAUUGUUCAAAAUCCAAUUCUCGGCGGCCCUUCGAUUCUUGGGUGGGGCCAGAUUCCGCAUGUGUUGAGUCCAAUGGCGAUGCCAUCAUUUGCAUUACUUGGAAAAUAA